UGUGCUCUAUUCUCUCCCAAUUAGCCGAUCCAUGGCAGUCGGCGACGCAUACUCCGCCUUCAUGGCGACGUGGAAUAAGCAUGCGCCGCGUGCCGCGUGGCGGCUCCCGAGCCUCGCCAAGCUCGCUGCAUGCGGCCGGAAGAGGAUCGGGGCCGGCGGCGAGGGCUUGCUCCUCCGCCUCGUCCCCUGCCUCGGAAACAGAGGAAAUAACAGCAGCAAUCAGAACAAGAAGAAGAAGAUGAAGAUGAUGAUGAGAAAGGUGAGGUCGGAGAUAUCAGUAGAGGGAGAAGACGAGGGCGUGUGGCGGAAGACGAUACUGAUGGGGGAGAAGUGCCAACCGCUCGACUUCUCCGGCGCCAUCCACUACGACAGCGCCGGGAGGCAGCUGUCCACUCCGCGCACGCCGUUCCGGUCGCCGGCGAUUUCUUUCGCCUUCUAUGAAGAAGAAGGGGGAAAACGAGAAGAAGAAGUAGUUAACUGGAAAGAGUUGUAAAAUGUUCCUGUGCAGAAUUCCAAUUGCCGUUCAAUCUGUAAUUUUUGAAUUGUGAUGCAGCUGAUUGUAAAUGUCCAACCAAGCGUUGAGGAUCACAUGAUAUUGAGUUAAAUUUAAUUUACAGAAUCACAAGCAUUAAAGUAAA